UGUUAAUUAGGAGAAUUCUUCAAUUUAACUUCUGGAAGCUGUACAUUGUGUGACAUAAUUUAAGGUCAAUACUAAGUAUAAGAGUAUGCUCAAAGUUGCAGCUAUAAAGAUGACCUAAAAGUUAAAUCAAAUCUUCUAUGAUUGAAUUAAGAAAAAGUUAUUGGAGGGCAUACUAUUAUAGCAAAAAUAUCGAAAAAUAUUACCACCUUACCGAAAAUUGCAAUGGGGGAUGGUCACCAGGAGAUGAAUCUUGUACAGUCGGGCACAUAGGUGCUUUGUGUGAAUAAUGCGACUUAUAUAAUAUUAGAGGAGAUGGGUUUUACUCUGUAAGUUCUACGUAUUCGUGUGACAGUUGUGAAUAAAUUUUUGGAAAUGUUUUUACUAUAAUUUUCAUCAGCAUUUGGACCCUUGUUUCAAUUUUAAUGUCUGUAAGCAGCACUGUUCAGAUGAUUGAAGAACAUAUUAUUGGAAUUCGAUUAAAAAUACUUGGGGUUGCUGUUGUUUUAAAUUAAAUUUCUACUGCUAUAUUAAUUAAGAUUUUCACAAACUAUCUAUAAAUCAUAUCAACUAUUGGUACAUUUUAAUUGUAAGUUCCUUCUAAAUUGGCAUCUGUAGUAAAUAGUGUUGGCAACCCAAUCGAAUCAAUGGCAUAUUCUCUUGAUUGCUUUUUAAUAAACGUUUCAGAUAUUCCAAUCAUUUACUUCAGAAUUAUUUGGAGUCUAAUCAUGGCAUUUUCAUAUAUAACAGAGUUUUCACUUUUGGUGGAAUAGUAAUAAUUUUUAACUUCAUAAAAUACAAGUUCUCAUAUAUUCCUACAGCUCUUAUUUAUGUUUUUAUCUUCUUGCAACCAAAUUUGAUU